GUUCUUUCCACCUCUCUCCUUUAGCUCGAAUGGUAACCAUUAGAAAGGGAAGCAUUCCCGUUGGGACAGACACUGAUUUGUGCUGUCAGCCAAACAGCCAGCAGAUGACCCAGAGUCUACUGGACACAAAGGCAGAAGCCUUUGUGGCAUUACCUCCCAGUGAAAUUAGGCCUCCCUGCAAACUGAUCAACAGAACGCAUCAUGUUACUGAAAAAGUCACCCAGGUGCUGUCCCUGGGUCCUGAUGUGUUACCAGAGUAUAAACUGCAGACGCCAAGGAUCCAGAAGUGGACAAUCCUUCACUAUAGUCCAUUCAAAGCUGUGUGGGACUGGGUCAUUCUGCUUUUGGUGAUUUAUACAGCAAUAUUCACACCGUAUUCUGCUACAUUUUUACUAAGUGACCAAGAAGAAGCAGCCAUACAAACCUGUGGUUACUCCUGUUCUCCCCUCAGCGUGGUGGAUCUUAUUGUGGACAUCAUGUUCAUUGUGGACAUCAUCAUCAACUUUAGGACCACAUAUGUUAACUCAAAUGAUGAGGUGGUGAGCCAGUCUUCUCGGAUUGCUGUCCACUACUUCAAAGGCUGGUUCCUCAUUGAUUUGGUGGCAGCCAUUCCCUUUGACCAACUCAUCUAUCGCUCAGGAGAGGAAGUGGUCAGGGCAGGUGGAGAGGGAGAGACCACCACUCUGAUUGGCUUACUGAAGACAGCUCGGUUACUGCGUCUGGUUCGUGUAGCCAGGAAGUUGGAUCGUUACUCAGAGUAUGGUGCAGCUGUUCUCUUCCUCCUUAUGUGCACUUUUGCCCUCAUCGCCCACUGGCUUGCCUGCAUCUGGUGCAUGCCUCCAAUUCUGGAGUUGGAGUCUGAUCUUCUCUCAGAGAUCCUCAGGUAA